AUGUCUUCUCCGCCUUUCCAACAGUCCUCCUCCGAUGCAGAGCACGGUCUCGGUGUCUACUACGGAGGUCUGUUGCUCUACCUCGGACGGCUUCGUCUCCAGCGUUUCUCUUGGCCGCGCAUCAUCAAGCUCUCCUAUCGCAAACGUAAAUUCAUCGUGAUCGUGCGAUCCCUCGAGGAGACCCAGGCUGAACGUACCUACGAGUUUCGUUGCGCCACGGAAUUGGCUGCAAAACGUCUAUGGACCCUGUGUGUCGAGCAUCAUAACUUCUUCCGGUGA